CCUCACCAAGCGACCAAACUCGGCGAGUCACCCAUGUAAAGGUUAGGUGCCCCUAAAUCAUCUCCAAGCCAUCUCAUAACCAUGAAAACGUAGCGUGCUAUAGUGGAUGCGGUUGUGUUUGAUCACGACAUGAAAUCGGCGCGGUGAAGGCAGCACAGGGACGUCACAGCGCAAGCGGGCUGCUAAAAGCCGCUGUGGCUGGCGCGUGUGGGCCUGCUGAUUUUGGCGGUCUAGGGCAGCAGGCUGGGUCUGGUGGAUGGAUGCUGGUGCUGCAUGACUGCUGCUUCCCUUCAAUUCAGCAACUCAGCAGAGCGACAAGCCUCGGCACACCUAGUCAAUCUCCAUCGACCGGAGAUGUAGGUGCCAGGCAUGUCGCAACUUCUGAAGGGAAAAAGCAAAGCGCAAAACACGUCGCCUGCCCUCUUCCUUCACUCCUCGCCCGCCGGCUCCAAUGUGUCGCUCACGGCGGCGGGCGCUGGCCUGAGCCCGCCGCAGGGGCACUCCUCGGUCCAGCGAAACUCGUCCCUCCGCCACCACCACGAGCACGCCGCGUCCCCGGCCGGCGGCGCUCAGACCAGCAAUGGCGGCGGCGGCGGCGGCGGCGCCCCCACGGCCUUUCGCUCGGCCGGCCUCGGCGGCAUCUCGCUCCCGCUCAAGCUCCGGCAGGAGUCCACACGCGCGACCGAUAGGACGGACGCGCUGUGGGCCGAGAUGCAGGCCACGCUCGAGGAGGUGGAGCUGUCGGCCAGCGGCGGCACGCGCGUCUUCGGCCCGGACCACGACCACAAGCUCGCGGGCCUGCGGGCCGCGCAGAUAGCGCUCGCGCAGGCCUGGGCCCGCAGCGAGGCCGACGAGGCCAUCGAGACCACCCUCUCCACGGAUGGUGCGGCAGCGGCGGGCGGCGGCGCUGCUACUGCUACUGCUGCCGCCGCUGCGGGGGCGAACAAGGACAGCGUUGGCGGCGCCGGCGAUGCUCAGACGGGCAAGACGGAAGGGGCCGCCGGGGCCGGCAGCACGGGCAGCGCGGCGCGUCCUGGCAGCCCCGGCGGCAGGGGCUCGGAGCGGCUCGGCGCCAAGAUGGAGGAGGAGACCGAGGUAGACAUCCUGCUGGCGCGCAAGCGGAGGGAGGCCAACGACCGGUACUUCCACCGGGUGAACCAGGGCGUGCUAGACGUGGUGGCACGGCUGGACGAGGUCGCGGUGGCGAUGCGGGCGGUGGAGCAGGAGAGCAAGGACAUCUGGGGCGAGGGCGAGCACUAUCAGGAGCAUGAGAGUGUUGCGGGGAGCACUAAGACGUAAUGGGAUGGCACAGACUACGUUUACAUGUUGCUCUGUCUACAUAAUUGGUACCUGCCUACCUACCUACCUACCUACCUAGGGAGGCCGGGUGCGCUGGACGACGGCAGAUGACAAGGCGGCGGAUCUGGUAGUGCUGGUGGUGGCCAUGCUGGGAAAUGGGAAGAUUUGGGCGAUGGCGUGAAGCUUUUGGCGGCUUCCAGGCUAGGUCUGCCUUACGGCUAAUUUACUGCCCGCGGCUUACGGCGCACAAUCACCUGCCCUCUCUUAACAAAGGUACAGAACGAUCCGUCUUGCGUUAUUUCCCUUAGCAAUCCAAACACGACGAAUCUCUCGAGGUUUCGAUCUGUGCCCAAGUCCGCGUCACACUUUGUCACCCCAGCCUGUGCCCUGGCGUCCAGUGCUGUCCUUCGCG